CGUUGCGCGGCGGCGGCGGCAGCGCCGGGCCCGGUUCUGGCCCGGUUCUAACGCGGUUCUAACCCGGUCCUGGCCGGGCUCCGGCCCCGGCGGAGCCAUCGUGAGCCCCGCAGGUGCGGCCAUGGCGGGCGCGGCGCCCCCCGCAGGUGCCCCCGAGCACCCCUUCACCUGCCGGGAGUGCGGCAAAUCCUUCCGCUGGUCCUCGCGCCUGGCGCACCACCUGCGCAGCCACACAGGUGAGCGCCCCUACAAGUGCCCCGAGUGCCCCAAGGCCUUCAAGGGCUCCUCCGCCCUCCUCUACCACCUGCGGGGCCACACGGGCGAGCGCCCCUACACCUGCGCCACCUGCGGCAAGAGCUUCAAGCGCUCCUCGCUGCUGCAGACGCACCUGCGCGUGCACACGGGGCUGCGCGCCUUCAGGUGCGCCCAGUGCGGCCUCACCUUCAAGUGGGCGUCGCACUACCAGUACCACCUGCGGCAGCACUCGGGCGAGCGGCCCUACCGCUGCCCCGCCUGCCCCAAGGCCUUCAAGAACUCCUCCAGCCUGCGGCGCCACCGCCACACCCACACGGGCGAGCGCCCGCACACCUGCGACACCUGCGGGAAAGGUUUCGCCCAGGCCGCCAACCUGCGGCAACACCUGCGUGUGCACACGGGGGAGCGGCCGUACACCUGCGCCGCCUGCGGCAAGAGCUUCACGCACUCGUCCAACCUGCACCUGCACCGGCGCACGCACGGCCCCGCCCCGCAGUGCCCCGCCUGCGCCGCGCCCUCGGCCUCGCGCGCCUGCCCGCAGCGGCACCCGCAGGGCCCCGCCCCGCCCGGCGCCGCCUCACCUGAGCCGCUCUGGAGGCCGCUGGGGCUCACCUGUGCCGAGCAGGAGGUGCCGGUGACGCCGGCCACGCCCCCGGCCCCGCCCCACCGCUGCCUCACCUGCGGCAAGAGCUUCAAGAACGGGGCGGGGCUGGCGCGGCACCUGCCCGGGCACGAGCGGCCCCGAGCCCCGCCCGCGCCGGGCGAGGCCGAGGCGCCGGCCCCGCCCGAGCGGCCGUACAGGUGCGGCGAGUGCGGCAAGGCCUUCAAGGGCUCCUCGGGGCUGCGCUACCACCUGCGCGACCACACGGGCGAGCGCCCCUACACCUGCGCCACCUGCGGCAAGAGCUUCAAGCGCUCCUCGCUGCUGCAGACGCACCUGCGCGUGCACACGGGGCUGCGCGCCUUCAGGUGCGCCCAGUGCGGCCUCACCUUCAAGUGGGCGUCGCACUACCAGUACCACCUGCGGCAGCACUCGGGCGAGCGGCCCUACCGCUGCCCCGCCUGCCCCAAGGCCUUCAAGAACUCCUCCAGCCUGCGGCGCCACCGCCACACCCACACGGGCGAGCGCCCGCACACCUGCGACACCUGCGGGAAAGGUUUCGCCCAGGCCGCCAACCUGCGGCAGCACCUGCGUGUGCACACGGGGGAGCGGCCGUACACCUGCGCCGCCUGCGGCAAGAGCUUCACGCACUCGUCCAACCUGCACCUGCACCGGCGCACGCACUCGGCGGCGCGGCCCUUCCGCUGCCCCGCCUGCCCCAAGGCCUUCGUCGUGGCCGCCUACCUGCAGAGACACCUGCGCACGCACGGCCCCGCCCCGCGGCGCGCGCCCGGCGCUGCCGCCGCGCCCGGCGGCGCCGCGCCCGCGCCGUCGCCUGCCGGCGCUUACCUGGUGCUGCCCGGCCCCGGCGGCGCCUCCCCCCGCAAGGUGCUGCUGGUGGCGGCCACGCCCGGCCGCGCCCGGCCGCACCUGGCGCAGGUGGGCAGGGGGCAGCGCACCUGGCACGGCGUCCUGCUCAUACCUGGGGCGGGCAGGGAGGGAGCGGCAGUGGGGGUGCAGGUGGCUGGGGUGACAGAUGUGACAGGGGUGACAGGUGUAGAUGUGACAGGUGUGGCAAGUGUGGCAGGUGUUACAAGUGCAGGUGUGGCAGGUGUUACAGGUGUAGGUGUGACAGGUGUGACAGGUGUGACAGGUGUGGGUGUGACAGGUGUGGAUAUGACAGGUGUCACAGGGGUCACAGGUGUCCAGCUCCAGGUGCUGCCGGUGGUCCCAGAGAUCACCAAUGUCCAGGUGCAGCAUGGGGAGGUGACAGGUGUGACAGGUGUGACAGGUGUGACGGGUGUGACAGGUGUGACAAAUGCAGGUGUGACAGGUCUCACAGGUGUGGCAGGGCUGCAGCUCCAGGUGCUGCCAGUGCCUUCAGAAGUCACCAACGUCCAGCUCCAGGCAGGUGAGGUGACCAAUGUCCAGCUCCAGGUGUUGCCACCACCACCUUCAGGUGGCUCAGGUGUGCAGCUCCAGGUGUUGCCAGCACCACCUGAGGUCACCAACGUCCAGCUCUGCACAGGUGAGGUGACCAACGUCCAGCUCCAGGUGUUGCCACCACCACCCCCAGGCGGCACAGGUGUGCAGCUCCAGGCAGGUGAGGUGGCCAAUGUCCAGCUCCAGGCUCUGCCGCUGACCUCAGGUGUCACCAACGUCCAGCUCCAGGUUUUGCCACCACCCCCAGGUGGCACCAAUGUGCAGCUGCAGACAGGUGAGGUGGCCAAUGUCCAGCUCCAGGUUUUGCCACCACCCCCAGGUGGCACAGGUGUGCAGCUCCAGGCCACUGAGCUGCCCAGUGUCCACCUGGAGACCUCAGAAGGGACCGAUGUCCACCUGGAGACCUCAGAACUGCCCAGUGUCCACCUGGAGACCACAGAGGUGACCGAUGUCCACCUGGACAUCUCAGAGGUGGCCAAUGUCCACCUGGAGACCAUGGAGGAGGUGCCCAGUGCCCACCUGGAGACCUCAGAGGUGACCGAUGUCCACCUGGACGCCUCAGAGGUGACCGAUGUCCACCUGAAUGUGUCAGAGGUGACCGAUGUCCACCUGCAGACCACCGUGAUGACCAGUGCCCACCUGGAACCCACAGAGGUGCCCGGUGCCCACCUGGACACCUCAGAGCUGCCCAGUGUCCACCUGGAGACCGCAGAGGUGACCGAUGCCCACCUGGACAUGUCAGAGGUGCCCAGUGUCCACCUGGAGAGCUCAGAGCUGCCCAGUGCUCACCUGGAGACCACAGAAGUGACCAAUGCCCACCUGGCAACCAGUGACACAGCUGAUGUCCACCUGGACACAUCAGAGAUGACCGAUGCUCACCUGGAGACCUCAGAACUGCACAGUGCCCACCUGGACACCUCAGAGGUGACCGGUGCCCACCUGGAGACCACUGAGGUGACCGAUGUCCACCUGGAGCCCAUGGAGGAGGUGCCCAGUGCCCACCUGGACACCUCAGAGGUGACCAGUGUCCAUCUGGAGACCUCAGAGGUACCCAGUGCCCACCUGGACAUGCCUUGUGUCCACCUGGAGACCACCGAGGAGGUGACCGAUGCCCACCUGGAGACCUUGGAGGUGCCCAGUGCCCACCUGGAAGUGCCCAGUGUCCACCUGGAGACCAUGGACAUGCUCGAUGCCCACCUGGGUGUGUCAGAGGUACCCAGUGCACACCUGGACACAACUUGGAGAUGACCAGUGUCCACCUGGAGACAUCAGAGGUGUCCUCUGCCCACCUGGAGACACCUUGGAGGUGCCCAAUGUUCACCUGGGUGUGUCAGAAGUGCCCAUACUCACCUUGGAGGUGCCCAGUGCCCACCUGG